AUGGGUUGUGCAACAUGUGGCAGCAAAACAAACAGAUUCUCCACAAUGUCCCCAGGCAAUGGCCAAAGCUUGAGCAAGGGGAUACACGUUUUGCUGUUGUCGUCCUGUUUCCCCGUGCUCUCUCUACUAUACUCCAUUCUGUUUCAAGCUUUGAAGGAAAACAUGCCCCGCCAAGCAAACAGCUCAACUCAAAAAACGGGGGCUUGGCACCUGCGGGUCCCUGUGGAGGGUGAUAUUGCGCACCCACCUCAAACAAACUUCAGCAUUGCAAAGCAAACAAAUGUAGCCAGCAAACAUGGCUCAUUUACUUUCCGAAAUAGAGAUCCACCAGCCAGAAACAGUAGUUGGGGCGCAGCGGAGCGACGGAUUUUCCGAACCACGUUCCUGCCACAGGACAUGUGGCAGUGGGCGGAGCGGACAUCGCGCAGAGAAGGACAACAAGUGGUAGGUUUGGACGAGCCUGGUGCUCAAGAAAAGCUGCCAGUGGCAAUGAGCUGCUGA